CCUUUUCCUUCCCGUGGCUGAAUGGGCCUCUAAGAGCAUUCCCAUCAGCAUCUCCAUACCGACACUUUUCCUAUAAUUUAAGGAAAAUUAUAGGAUUUUUUCCAAUUUGGCUCCUCCAUCCCAUUCCCUAAAAUGGGAUUUGGGUUUCCGGUUUGUACAGUAAAUUCCCAUAUUUAUGCAUUUACUGUACAUCUCCAAAUUUAAUUUUUUCUCUCUUGUCCCGCGGUUUUUGCUCUGGACAGUUGGGUGUUGUUGCGAUUUCACCUCCUCCCUCGCCAUCCGAGCAGUCUUCGAGCAAUUGUAAGUGAUUUUCUUCCCUUUCGGUUUCCUCCAUGGCCGGAUUCUCACAUUUGAUCUUGCAUACCUUGAGUUUCGGCAUCUGAAAAUUGUUGGGCUUUGUUUCAAUCGGGAUCCUCCAUGGUUGGCCACCGAGGGACUGCAUUAUCAUUUCUGAGAAAUUCACUCGGUUCCCUCCAUGGUUGCAUGUAUUUGGAGAUUGAUUAUUGCGAAAAAUAUAGAUUAAAUUGCCAUGUAUUACAGUCUGAAAACCCUAGCUAUUCUUGAUGUCCCCGAUUGAGUUUGGAUUUGGGUUACUCUGAAAUUGUUGCUUCGAUUUGGGUUGCUCUGAUUUCCUUGUUUCGGUUAUGGUUGCUCUGAAUUUGUAAGUUAUGAUUACCAUUGCUAUGAGAUUACAUAUGGGGAUGGGGAUCUGUUGAAGGACCGAACAUUUUGUUGGACUUUGGGGCUGAAAUUUUUUCUGCAAUAGCUAGGAAUUUUCUGCUCAAAAACACUGCAAUACAUAUGAAUUUUUUGGCAAAAAAUGUUUCUGUAGUUGUAUAUUUCAGCUCUGGGUUUGGCAAGUUGAUAAAUCUUCAACUUGUAUUGGCAUUGUACCGAGUGAAUGUGGUGGAACUGCACUGAGAUUUUCUGUGAUGAAUAAUAUGACUUGAUGCCGUGCAAUAUUAGCUCCUUUUUUAGUAUUUGAUAUCUCAUUUAGGUGUACCAAGUAGGGUGAGAUUGUUAAUUUAGUAUCUAUCUAUUGGGGGCUGGAUAUCUAAACCUUAUUCUUGCACAUAUGUACUUACACAUUGCCAUCUCUUUUCUUUCAUGACUACUCAGUCCAUAUGUUUUGGUUGAUUGUACUAUUCUAUAUAUACUUGUAAUGGGUUGGUCUGUGCAGACCCAUUGUAGUUGUGACAAUAUGGAUCUUUAUCAUUUUGAACUUAGUUGUAAUGGAUUGUUGAAAUGAAACUUGAUUGUUGAUUGUUGGUGUUAAAGUUGUUGGAGCUGAAUGCCAUUUUAAUGGGUUGGUCUGUGCAGACCCAUUGUAGUUGUGACAAUAUGGAGCUUUAUCAUUUUGAACUUAGUUGUAAUGGAUGGUUGAAAUGAGACUUGGUUGUUGAUUGUUGGUUUUAAAGCUGUUGGUUUUGAAUGCCAUUUUUAUGGGUUGGUCUGUGCAGACCCAUUGUAGGAUAUUUUGCCAUUUUAAUGUUAAACUCUCUCUUGUCCGAAUUGUCACAUUUCUCCUUCAAAAUAGAUUGCAACUUUAAUUGUACUAAAUAUGAUAGAAUAUUUAUUGUGCUAAACUAUUAGAAUCUGAGUUACUUGUCCCCCCUUUCAUGCAAUCUUCGUUUCCUCUAUUAUGUCAUAACUUGGACUAUUUAAUUGGAUGCAUGGUUUACUCUUGUGAUUAGUUUAAGCAUGUGAUAUAAUGGAGGAGCAUGCAGUGAUAUUCAUGGAUUAAUAUCAACAUUCUAUAUUCGGAUUCAACAUUCUCUUUGUGGAAAUGAAAACUAUAUUUUAUUGUGGGGUCCACUAGCAUCUAGCAAAAAGCUACAUUUUAUUGCCAAUCUAAUGAAUAUGUAGGAAAUUUUUUGUCGUGGGGUCCUUGCUUAAUAUCAAAUAUACCUAAGAGCUAACUGUUAUAUCAUAUUAUACAUUAUUAAAAUUGUUAUUUUUUCACAAUUGUACAUGCAAGUGUUAAUUAGGCUGUGAUUAACAUCGUAUUGGGUCCAUUGCAGUGUCUCGGAUCUGUGGGGAAUGGGGAGUAUUAUUAGGCAAUGAUGAUGGUGUUUAGUUGUUGUUGUUUCACAAGUGUUAAUGGGGUCCCAUCAAUAUGGCGGGGUAAUCCCCACCCAGAUGGACAUAUUGCAGUUUGUGGUACUUUCCACAAAAGGCAAUCGGGGUUUGGGUGGGGUUUUGCAGCCAUUUGAUGUUUGGCAACUUUGUUACGUAUGCUGUCAAUAUUUACACCAUACUGAGCCACAUUUAUAAAUAUAUAUCCACAUAUUAUUUAGACCGGAUGGGGAUGCUCUUAUUUCUUGAAUUCUUAUGAUUUGCAUAUUGUUUGGUUGUUGUUUUCUUGUUAUGUUGUAAUACAAUUGGCUUGUGGAAACUACUCGAACUCGGCUGUGAUGAUGUUUUGGUAUUGGCACGCAUUCCGAAAAUUUGUUUCAUUCCCUCAAUGGCUAGGUAAUCCGGACGUCCAUCAAGUAGUGGCAACCGGAUGUUGCAGCCAUGAGUGGGUGGCCAAAUUUCCAUUAUGUCACCAAUCGGUUUCUGAGCCAAUGACCCCGACCCCGACCCCAAACUUGUUGGUUCUAACAUUUAAACAUUUUUAUAGAGAUGGAUUCACAAGACCGUGGACAUAUGUACUUCACCAACCUCCUUAGUCAAGAUCCUCAACUCGACCCCACUUGCAGUGGGCAAAGUGGAUCCUCCCCUAUGACUCUUGGUGACUCUCCACCCCUACCCCUUAAUGAGCCUAUCGGCAUUAGGAAAUCAGUCAGGGGUGCAAACUUCACCCCUGAAGAAGACAAGUUACUUGUCUCUGCAUGGCUAAAUUGUAGCCUUGAUGCCGUCCAAGGAACGGAUCAAAAACACUCCCAACUUUGGAAAAAAAUCUUUGAUUACUUUCAGCAAUAUAAGGAAACCACAAAUGAGCGGACAAUAAAGUUUCUAAUACAUCGGUGGUCAGUUAUUCAAAAGGCCACAAAUAAAUUUUGUGCGAAACUAGCUCAAAUUGAAGGGUUGAAUCAAAGUGGCAUGACCGACCAAGACAAGUUUGACAAGGCGAAGAUUAUGUACCAAUCGUUAGAAAAAUGCACCUUUCAGUUCGAGCAUUGUUGGCACCUGUUAAAGGACCAACCUAAGUGGAUUUGGCACGCCACAAAGGAGGAUCCAAAGCGAAGGAAGACGAUGUCCCCAUCCCCGACCCCGACCCCGACUCGAUGUUCCGCGGCUACGGAGGAUUCAGCUUUUGAUCUCGAGACAGAUAAUGUGAUAGAGAAUGAGGUUAUCGAAUCGGACCGGCCAAUGGGAAGGAAAGCUGAAAAAGGAAAACGAAAGGCCCAAGGCAGGCAAGCAGAGGAAAAUUUCCAACUCAGAAAGAUGAAGUAUACUAUGUUAGAGGAGUCACGCGCUCAGGAGAAAGAGUUUUAUUGCCUGAAGGCCGAGAAGAUGGAGUAUGACAAGGAGAAAGAGGAAAAAAAAUUACGUCUUGAAGAUGAAAGAUUGAGGUUAGAGGCAGAGAAGAUUAAAAUUGAAGCUGCAAAAGAGCAAAGUAAAAUCCGUCAAGAGGACGAAAGGCUGAGGUUGGAGGCUGAGAAAGUGGAGCUUGCGAAGAAGGAAUCAGAUCAGCGCAUUAUGAUGAUGGAUGUGAGUGUCAUGCCAGAAAUGCAGCGGCUAUAUUUCGAGCAACUCCAGAGAGAAAUCAUCACGAGACGUAGUCAUGCCCAAGGACCAGAUUGAGAGGAAAUAUUUAUGUAUUUGAUAUUUAUUUAGUUUCGGGCACAUUUAUAUGUGUAAAAAGUAAAAUUGCAAUUUUUGUGUUUUUUUUUUUUAUUGUAAGCAAAUUGAUAUUUUUGUGCAAUUAAAUUGGAUAAGACAA